GGGCUCUCAUGUGGAGAGCCGAAUAGUGAAUUUAAGGAAACACGAAAGAAUAACAAAAUGUUAGUCCUGUUCGAGACCGCUGCUGGCUAUGCCAUUUUCAAAGUCCUCGAUGAGCAGAAACUACAGCAGGUCGACAGCCUGUGGAAGGAGUUUGAAACACCAGAAAAGGCUAAUAAAGUCCUGAAAUUGAAACACUUUGAGAAGUUUCAGGACACAACAGAAGCUUUGGCAGCUGCCACUGCAUUGGUUGAGGGGAAACUCGGUAAGACUCUGAAGAAAGUUUUGAAGAAAGUGGUGGCCAAAGAAGCCCACGAAGAGCUGGCCAUUGCAGAUGUAAAACUAGGAGGAAUCAUCAAGGACAAACUGAAUUUAAGCUGCGUGCACAGCCCUGCUGUGGCAGAGCUGAUGAGAGGCAUCAGGGGACAGAUGGAGGGCCUCAUUACUGGCCUGCCGCCCCGAGAGAUCAGUGCCAUGUCCUUGGGCCUGGCACACAGUCUCUCUCGCUACAAGCUGAAGUUCAGUCCGGACAAAGUGGACACCAUGAUUGUUCAAGCCAUCUCUCUGCUGGAUGAUCUGGACAAGGAGCUGAAUAACUAUAUCAUGCGCUGCAGAGAAUGGUAUGGCUGGCAUUUCCCUGAGCUGGGAAAAAUCGUCACAGACAACCUGGCAUAUUGUAAGACCGUCCGCAAGAUAGGUGACCGGACGAACGUGGCAAGCUCUGACCUCUCGGACAUCCUGCCGGAAGAGAUCGAGGCAGAGGUCAAACUGGCCGCUGAGAUCUCCAUGGGAACGGAGGUGUCGGAGGAGGACAUUGGGAAUAUCAUGCAUCUGUGUGACCAGGUGAUUGAGAUUUCCGAUUAUCGCGGUCAGCUCUACGAUUACCUGAAAAAUCGUAUGAUGGCCAUCGCGCCUAAUUUGACGGUCUUGGUUGGGGAAUUGGUGGGAGCCCGUCUGAUCUCUCAUGCUGGUUCCCUGCUGAACUUGGCCAAGCACCCGGCGUCCACCGUGCAGAUCCUGGGGGCGGAGAAAGCCCUGUUCAGAGCGCUUAAGACCCGUCGGGACACGCCCAAAUACGGACUCAUCUACCACGCUUCCCUCGUGGGCCAGACCACCGCCAAGAACAAGGGCAAGAUCUCCAGGGCGCUGGCGGCCAAGACGGCUCUGGCGACGCGCUACGACGCCCUGGGGGAGGACACCAACGCAGAGAUGGGGGCUGAGAACCGAGCCAAGCUGGAGGCUCGACUACGCUUCCUGGAGGAGAAGGGGAUUAGACGCAUCAGCGGGUCAGGCAAAGCUUUGGCAAGGGCUGAUAAAUACCAACACAAGAGUGACAUUAAAGUAUACGAUCCCUCUGGUGACUCAACGCUUCCCACUGCUUCAAAGAAGAGAAAGAUAGAGGAGGUAGAAGAGGCUGUGGAGGAAGAGAAACCAGUGGAGGCCAAAGCCAAGAAAGCAAAGAAGGAGACACCACAGGAAGAAGCACAAGUGCCGGCCGAAGCGGAAGCGGAAACGGAGACGCCAAAGAAGAAGAAGAAAAAGGAUAAGAAGCGUAAGGCUGAGGAGGAGGAGGGAGCAGCAGCAGCAGCCGCCACGGCAGAGGAGGUGACGGAGGAGGCGGCAGAGGCGGCCGCUCCUGCAGAGGAGACAACAGAAAAGAAAAAGAAGAAAAAGAAAAAGCAGGUCAAGGAAGAGGAGGGAGAGUGAAACAGAACGGACCCCUGUUAGUUUUUCGUUUAGAGACAUUUACCAAAAUCACGAUGGCGCUCUAUCCCCUCCGCACGUGCCAUUCUUAAUUCAUGAACUGUAUCACAUGACCGAAAAAAAAAAAAAAAAGAGAGAUAUGUUUUGUGAAAUGAGAUGUGACCAGGUCAUGACUGUGUAUUGAAAAUUUUGCCUAAUUCAUUUUACAUGGAGUGACCACAAUUGGGUUUUUUGUUUGGUUUUUUUUGUUUGUUUGUUUUUUGCCCCCCCCCCCC